AUGGAUUAUUCGGCGCCUCCACCACCACCACCACCACCUCCUCCUCCUCCGCCGCCGCCGCCACCGCCGCCUCCGCCACCGCCAAUGCAGCAUCAGCAAUUUCACAUGCAAGCUCCACCACAAAUGGCCGCUCCUCUCAACAUUGCUGUUGAUCCAGAAACAGAAGCUUCCAUCCGGGAUGCCUUAGUGACGUCCUCUCAACUGAUAGAACAAGCUCGAUCUCUCUCAACGGAGCGAGAAGCCAAUCACUUGUUAGCGUCAUCGUUAUUAUUGCAUGCUGAUGAAUCGGAAGUUGACAUUUCAAAAUAUCCAGGGGGAGUCCAAGAUGCUUGGGUGGUUCUUUCAGAGGCAUCCAAACAACAAUCAUUACAGAAAGAAGCCAUUGAUUUACAUGCUGCGACAGAGAAAGAACAAGAAAAAUUGCCAAUGGGAACGGGACAAUUGGGCAAGGCCAUUCAAUACACGACAAUUUCAGACUCGUUGCAUAAAGUCGUAGCGUUAGAUAAAGAAUUGAAGCAACUGGAGAAGGACAAAAGCAGCAUCCUGAAGAAAGCCAUUUCCAAAGCCAAAACUUCGGUCCACGGCAGCAUGGUCGCGCCAGUUUGGCUCAAACUCUUCGACGAACGCCUACAAGAAAUAAGGUCAUAUCAUGCUCGACAUGAUAGUGGGCGUACCAAGCGAUCCCGACUUGGUAAUCCAGCGGCGGAUGGAUACGAUCUGGCAUCUUCUGUUACGGAAACCAUUCAACCCAUCAAGGAGGGAACCAUGUUUGGUGCCGAAGAAGUCAUGGGGAAGUAUCUGGAUUUGACCAAUGUAUAUGAAAGCACCGUGGUCCCAAUCAAGCAUGUGUUUGUAACUCCACCUGCCGAUGCUACCGCCACCACCACAGACAACAACAAGGCAGCAGCCGAUUUUGGGUUUGUCGACUUUUUGUCGCUUUUGUCAGCGGGCAUUAACAUGAAGGUGUCCGAGGAGAAAAAGCUAAAGGACCGGCGAAAAUACGUCAAGUUUCUGGUUGCGAUGCAAACUUACCUGGAAGAUUUCCUGAAACGAACGCAGCCUCUUUUGGAUCCCAAGGACGUCACUGGACCUGCAAUAAAACAGUUUGAAGAAGACUGGCGACAGACGGGAGGAUGCGAUGGCUGGGAGGCCAAACCGGUAGAAAGAACAAUGGUGGAUUCGGGUGAAGCAAGCACCGAUGCUGCUAGUGGUAUUGACUUGUCACCGUACUCUUCUGCUGCCGAGCUGGAAAAGGGUGUCGAUGGGGAUGCACUCAAAGCCGAGCUUUCUCGAUUGGGAUUGAAAUGUGGAGGAACCCCAGCUGAUCGUGCGAAACGUCUCUUUACUACCAAGGAUACGCCCAUGGAUAAAUUACCCAAGAAAUUCUUUGCCAAGAAAGCUAAGGGAGGUGCUACAGGAGAUGGAGUUUCAGCUUCUACAACCAAGAAUGAAAGUCGAGUAGAUGUUGCAAGAAAGGAAGCCGUUGUGAUUGCUCUUUUCAAUCAACUGAAACCAACGCUAGAAGCUACAUUGAAGCGACAAGAACGGAGAGAAACACAGACCAACAGAGAGCGAGAAAAGGAAAUGGACGAAGAUUUGCAUGGUUCCGAAAUCAAGGGACCAAAACAAAAGAAAGAAGGAGACGAUGAUGAUGAUAGCGACGAUGAAGAUGCACCAAUUUACAAUCCAAAGGGUGUACCGUUGGGAUGGGAUGGAAAGCCAAUUCCUUACUGGUUAUUCAAACUACAUGGUCUCAAUCAUUUCUACUCUUGUGAGAUUUGUGGUAACGAAACCUAUCGUGGACGUAGGAACUUUGAGAUGCAUUUUGCUGAAGCGAAGCAUGCGUUCGGAAUGAAGUGUCUAGAAAUUCCAAACACCAAGCACUUUCAUGGUGUCACCAAGAUUGAAGAUGCGAAAAAUCUAUGGGAAAAACUAAAACACCAGUUGCAAAAUCAAGAGUUUGAUGGCUCCCAAGAAGAAGAGUAUGAGGAUUCCCAUGGAAAUGUGCUAUCACGAGCGACGUACGAAGACUUGGCUCGACAAGGAAUGCUCUAA